AUGGAGUACUCGUGGUCUGGCCGUCAGCUCCCAUACAGCCCCGAGAUGGGUGGCAUCGGACCGCUCUUCUACGUGGCGUUCGCCGUCCUCCUUGUUCCUGGAGUCGUCGGAAACCUAUCUGUGGUGCUCAUGGCCUGCUGUUAUGCCCGUCUGAGGACGCCCGCGGGCCUCUAUGUUGUCAACGUAGCCGUCGCGGAUCUGCUCGUCUGCGCCUUCGGUGUGCUACUUGACCCCGUGUCAGUGCUCCUGCGUCGCUGGCCCUUCGGCGAAGCGCUUUGCUACGCGUGCUCCUUUUCCGAGCACCUUGGAGUGUUUGUGCACGGCUACACGCUCGUUGUGGCCGCCGCUCGCUUCGUCGCCGGCAGGCCUCCCAAGCCAAGGUCUUGCCACCUGAACAACGUCGGUGUCUGGUUCCUGGGCACAGUCGUUUGCUUGCCUCAGGUGCUGUUCGUCGAUUCUCGCGCGCUGGCUGUCCACGGGCAGUGCGUCGUCAAGUGGCCCGGGACUGUCAAGAUGCUGGAGCCGUUCGUCUCCUUCGCCGCGCUUGCCGCAUCGCCGUUCCUGUUGGUCACCGUCUUGUACGCCUGGCUCCGGGCGUCCCUGUGGCUGGGCAGAGGCACGAGGCGUUCGUUUGUGCGGCGGGCGAGCAUAGUGCGUGUGUUUUGGCUCAUGGCACUGUUGCUGCUGCUUUGUCGGACGCCCCUGCACGUGACCCGGUGCCUGCUUGGCGUGUGGACAGCCAUGAGGGCCAGUACGCACGUCACUGUGGUGGUACUUGCCACGCGGGCAAUCGCCGCCGCUGUCGUCUGCUUCACGGCAGCUUUCUUUUUUGAUCUUAGUGCCAAACAACUUGCGAGAAGGGUGAGACCGGCGCCCUCGGUUGCGGUAAAUGGCUCAUAA